GCCGUUUACUUCAGGCCGAUGAACCAAAGAUGGCGAAACCAUUCAGCAAGGGCGCGGUGAAAUCGCAAUGUGAUUUGAUCGUACGGUAUUUUCUGUAAGUUAUCAACGCUCGUAAACAUGGCAUGCAGCGUGUUGAAUCUUGGACAAUCUAAGACUUGAAACACAAGCGAUCCAACAUGAUAAAAUAAUACGUAAGUUUCUAAGCUUUGUAAGAGUGGCUCAAUCGAGGUCAUAUUCCACAAUAUCGAACCAUGGCCCUCGAAGAUUCUUAAUCCUCAUUGCGAGAAUAGCGGAUAGAUUUGAAUUUUUAUCUUAUCGCCACGAGUGAUUCGAAUGUAUUGACGGGUGGGAUGUGAUAAAAUGUAUCUAUAUUCUUUAUAUCACUUCUACACUAUAUCAGUUAGUCACUCGCGAUCGCUGCGAUACACGCACUGUAAGCGAUAUUAUAAUAUUAUUACGCAGUAUUAUAAUAUUCUAUUUUUGGCCAACGUAAUCUGAAUAAAAUCCGGAAUAUUGGAUCUCGCGCAAUUUCCCGCGACUGUUCACGCGCGUCGCUCCCGAUGUGCAAAACAUAAAAUCGAAUCGAACGUGAUUUUAUGGUGAAGUGAAUUCGUCUUAAUCCUACCGGUGCUUGUGAUUCGAGAGAGACACAUUUUGUAAUAAAAUUGUUGCUUACUUAAGAAGAUUAAAAUAUGUUAUUAUUCUCACAUCGUACAAUUGUGACACGUCUUUAGCGGAUAAUGCAUUAUCUAAUACACAGUCGGACUGUCGAUGAUCGAAUUAUUUAGGGGUUUUAAACGAAAGUCUUCCUGUGGUGCUCCUGCGAUUAAGUUGCGCGAACACUUUUGAGAAAUAACGAUGAAGCGACAACCGCCGCAAUCGAGUCAUGAAAAUGCCGCCGCAUCAAGCUCGUCGACGCAAGAAGCACAAGGAAUACAGAGAGAAAGCUCCGUCGCUCCUGGGAGAACAGCGGAUGCACAAAUCGUUUCGUUGAGAAGGCAGAUAAUGCGACAACACAAGCGGGCCUCGAGUGGAUCAAACGAAGAUGUAUUGCAGUGUCCAAUAUGCAAGGAAAGACUUAAAUCACCCAAAAUAACGCCGUGUCAGCACACAUUCUGCCUCCAAUGUUUGAAGAAUCAGGUUGCGACGUCGAAUAAGAGAGAUGGCAGUUUUACCUGUCCUGUUUGCGACGCGAGUUUCGACGGUCGCGCGCCUGAAAAUUUUCCCAAUAAUCUUUACAUCGAAUCGCUCUUGGACGUGAUGGCGACCAGUACCAGAAAGCAAGCAAGACCGCCGAAGAGUACAGUGAGCUUCGCCCCUUUACCACCGAAGAUAAUCCGAAACCGGGAGUCUUCGGCGACGUUGAAUUGUCGCAGAUGCAGCGAAAUCUGCGAAAAGAGAUGCAGACAUUGUAAACGCGGAUACUGCUAUGCCUGCUGGAAAAAGCAUGUCAACGAAGACUUGAGAGAGGAACUGGGUAAUAUAAACGGCGAUCUCGAGACAUCGGCGACGCGAUUCGAAGAGAGAAUUAUCUACUUUCGGAACAAAGCGAACGAGAUGAAAGAUUUCAUCAGCAGGGACAUCGAAGUUAAGGUAGCUGAUCUUAACAAGAGGAAAGAGAAUCGAAUUAAGAAGGUAGAACACAUAGUUACCAGGGGUGAGAUGUCGGUGGAGGAUAUUAAACAAAGAAUGGAGAAAGCUCAGGCGGCGGUAAAGGCGGAACGAAAUGAGGUCUCUCACGAUUUGCGCAGUAAUGAGAAAAAGGUGAAAGUGUUCUUGGACCUGCAGCAAAAAGCCGCGGAAGUAAUGGCGGCGAUCGCCAUCUGGGAAUCGAAAUUGCGCGGUAUAGAAAUGGGCUUGGCGGAGAUUAACAAACGCGGAGGGUCAAUAAUCAAGGAGAACGUCGGUCCUCUUUACAAGCGGAAAGCUUUCGCGCCCAAAAUAAUCGUGAACCGUGACAUGGUGCAGCGGCCGUCGGCACUCGCCGUUGAUUCCUGGAGGGAUCACAUUAUCGCGACCUGUCCGGGAUCGGGACAGGUUGUCAUUCUCGACAGGAAGUUCAAACUUAUGCGGAGGAUUCGCCACCGAGAGAUGAUGGCGCCUCAAGGAGUCGCCUUCCUUCAGGAGAACGACGAGAUAUACGUGACAGAUAAAUGGAAGCACUGCAUCUUCGUGUUCAAUCACAACGGCAAGCUCGCUCGUCGCAUGUGCAGCAGAGGUCUAGGAGAAUCACAGCUGCGCUCGCCUGAAGGAAUCACCUUUCAUCCGGAGCGUAACGUGCUCUACGUCGCCGAUACCGGAAACGAUCGCAUCCAGAUCCUCGAGAAGGAUGGAUCAUAUCUGGACAGCAUCGGGCCCAUCGGCAAACGCGCGAAGAACGCUGCCAAGUUCUAUAAAACCGAUCCUAUUCCGAGCCAUCUGAAUCAACCGACGGACGUGGCCGUCACGACGACGCGCGUCGUCGUCGCCGAUUCUGGCAAUCACAAAAUUAAAAUAUUCGACCACGAGGGGCAAGUCCUUCAGACGAUCGGCGGUGUCGGCACGUCGAAAGGUCUUUUCAAAUCGCCGGAAGUGCUAAGAAUCGAUAAGAAGGGAAACAUUAUCGUCGGCGACGCCGGAAACGGCAGGGUGCAGAUCUUUUCGCCGGAAGGUGAGUUUCUGCGAAUGUUAGGCUCUAAAGGAACCAAGGAACGUCAGUUUGGUUGGGUAUCGGGCGUGUUGGUGACAAAUAGUUACGAUAUUUUUGUCGCUGACAGCAAGAAUAAUGUAAUUUAUUUAUUUUAA